UGUCACAGUCACGCACGGUUCGGUUGGCAGACGAGCUGUCAUUUACGAAGUACGCAAAACAAAAAUAAUUAAAAGUCAUUAUUUUCGGAAAAAUUUCUAAAAUUUCUACUCCUUGGUCAACUUUUUUCGACAAAACAAUGUUGCUGCACAUGUAACAAUGGAUGACACGGCCAAAUUCUAAAUAGUGCAGCUGAUUCCAGUCCUAGUGAACGCGUAAGAAGUCCUACAAGCAAGAGGUGAAAACGAUUACUGACUGGGCACAGCCAGGAAUACAUCCACGAAACAGUGUGGAAGAAGUAACGAGCGUGAGCGGGUUCUUUUUUCAUUCGACUCGCGCUCCAGCUUUCGAGUUUCGCGCAAUUACGUAAAUAUUUGCUAAUCUUAUUCCUCGCGUAUUCGAGCAUCUUUCGCCUUGUCCGGGUGACAUUGGUGGAUGCGUACCUUCUAAUUAGUGUGUGGCUUUGAUUUUCCCCCGAAUUAGGUCCGAUUAGAGCUAAUAACAUCGGACGACAUGGCUUCGACGAUGCAGCUAGAGUUUGCACAGGCCAUGGCAGAUUUUAAGAAUAUGUUCCCAGACAUGGACAGGGAUGUGAUAGAGGCAGUGCUCAGAGCAAACCAGGGGGCAGUGGAUGCGACAAUCGAUCAGCUGCUAGCUAUGAGCACCGAUAAUCAGAAUGAAAAAAUUCGCCAAGAGUUGGAUGGAGAUACAGGUAGGACCCUUCCGACAGGUGGACAAAAUCCUGCAAUCGGGACUGGUACAUUGCUGAACUUGUCCACUAGUCCAGCAGCUUCGUUGCUCAGUACCUCGCCUAAAUCGGCAGCAUUGGGAGCAUCUCCCAAAAUCAAGAAAUCUCCUGGCAGCUCCAGUGUUACCAGCAGUCCAAGAGCGACGGCCAUCGGUGCCGUAACCGCUCGGGAUUCGGACAAGUCUCCGGUCGCUCGCCGAUGGAAUCCACCGAUGUUGGGCCCUCUGCCGCCCACCUUCCUUCGGCUUAACAGUGACGCUUGCCGCAAUACCGAGUUCGAUCUUGGCGAUGAGCAAUUUGCGAUGAUGUUACAGAAUGAAGAAUUCAUGGCAGAACUGAGAUGGAACCAGGAGUUUCUGUCCGCACUUGAAAAAGAUCACCAGGGCAAGGUUUCGGACGAUGCCGCCUUUAAGGAACGAUUGCGCCAUAUGGGCAAGGUAUCACGGAAGAAAUUUACCCAGCUGGCUCGGGUGUUCACCUGGCAGCGGGGUACCAACAAGAAAGCUAGUGCCGUUAGACACCCAGACUCGCUGUUGCUACAAGAGGAACACAGUGACGAUGACGAACCGAGAAAGUCCGCUAAAAAGUAGAUUGCGUGUCCGUUCGCUUUUUUUGACGGUCGGUGGUUUUGUGGUCUCGCGUGCGAAGUUCAGACCGGGUGUGCGUGGUUGAGGAGGCAAAAUUUAUUCCACAGUUUUACCCUAACUUUAGUGUUUUUAAAAGAUAAGACUGUUAUACUUUUUCGGUGAAAAGUGAUUUUGAGAGGUCUGACGGAUUUACGGUGGAAAUAUUAUCUACAAGCUGGGUCGAGCGAAGGUUUUGACGAAUGCGGUCAUAUCAUUGGCAAACGUUUUUUUUUGUUUUCAAUUCUGCUGUUUCAAGUGCAAUCAUAUUAGAAAUUUUAAGUUUUUCGUUGAUUUAAUUUAUUUGUAUAUAGAGAGAUUAUGUGGAGAUGAUUAUUUUCCAUUCUGUUCUGUUCUCUUAGUUGUGUAGGUUUUUGCAAAGCAUUUAGCUUUUAUCAUAUAAUCUUAUUUACUAUUAUACUCUACCUGAGUUAGAUUGUGAUCUUAUACUCGCUUAUGAAAGGAAAAGUUAUUUAGUAAUUGAGCAGUUUUUUUGUAAAUUUAUUAGUGACAGUUACUAGAAACAUCAUACCGUGAAUUUCUAACUCUUCAUCAUGCCGGUCGAGCAUUGUAGAUAAACGAUAAGAAAUACUGAAUCAAUCAUUUGAUGCGAAGAAAAAGAACAUAAACUAAACAAAAGUGGAAAUUAUACUAGUCAUCUCAAAAUAUUGAAAUGAAUCUCGGCUCUGGACAGUACUCUAGGAAUCUCUUUCUCUAAUAUGCCAGAAAAUGAAUGAAACGAUACAUAAAAGGAGAUACUCUAACUCACAAACAAAUAUUGAGCCUAAAAUGCAAACAACCAGUAAACAAAACAUUACUAAAUGAUAAAACAAGCAGAGUAAAGCUUAGUGUAAAAUGAUAGUGCAAAAAAAAAACACUAACUAUACUUGUGCGCCCUAUUUAAUUAUCACAUUGUUUCGCUUCGCAAAUCUAGCUGAGUGUGACGUAAAAAGCCAUGGAUGUUUAAUUAGCUCAGUCUAGGAAACAAAUUGUUAAAACAACUGUAGCUAAUUUGAAUUUCAAAGCUUAUAUUAUAGAUAUUAUUUGCGAAAAUCUGUUGGGCAAAAUUUGUAUUUUUUUCAAGUUAUUCAGUCAACUAUUAGUUUCAGCAACUCUCGUUUUUUUUUUCGAAAUUCUAAUAAAUUACAUCUAUCUUCCUUUUACUUUUGGAUAAAAAUACAUAAUUUUAGUAUAAAUACUUCGACAGUAAAAUAUCUAUUUUAGACAUAAUAAAUUGCAUAGUGCCCGUGAAAAUGAUCAGCAAACUAUAUUGUUCGCCCUAUGCUUUGGGAUUCCCAAAACGCCAUUUAAGCCAUGCAAUCGCAAUAGAACGGUAAAAAAAAGUUCAAAAAUCCAGCGGAAAUAGCAGAUCGUAUUAUUUACAUUAGCAUUAUUUGCUUAAUUCAAGGUCGCCCCUUUGAAAUGAAUCAUGUUUUAUUAUGACAUUUUCGAAGAAAAAAAAGAUAAAGCUAAAAUCGCAAAUUCAAAUUAAACUGUACUACAUGUUAUCAUUUUACUCAAUAAACAAUCAUGGAAUAAAUAGAA